AUGCUCCCAAUCAGAGGCGACGCCGACGGCGUGACACCGUUCCAGCUGGCAUGUGGAUAUGGCAAUUGGGCGGCGGUGGUGUUCAUGCUGCAGGGCGGCCACGUGAACGAUAUCAGCCGCACGGAUCACCAGGGCCGCACCGCCAUGGACCACGCCGCCCAAUCGCCCCUUAUCCGCACUAUCCUCGUGGCCUAUGCCAAGCAAUACAGCCUCACUGCGCACAGUGGCGAUUUUCCGGAGGGGUAUGAGCUGAUGCGGGCGCUGCCCCUCGAAUUGUUGGCCAACAUAUUCUCCCGGCUCGAACCCUACGACCUGUGCACGGCAGCCUCGAUAUUCGACGGGUUCUGUAGCCACAACAUCCUGUGGCAGCAGUUCUGUGACAAGAGGUGGCGCUUGGCUCUUGAUGGCGGCGAAACCUGGAAGGGCCGCUACAUGACAUGGCUGCAUCCACGUCUCAAGCAGCACGCCAUCUCCCUCCUAAAGCCGCGCGUGUUCGUGGAGGCAGGAAGUGCGCUAUCUGCGCCGACCUAUAAGGUCAUCCUUGUGAGCGAACCAGGGACGGCUGUGCUGCACCAGUGUCUGGUAAGGGAGGGAUAUCCCAAGCGGUUGAUUGACGGCGUGGAAGUGCGCUUGGAGAUAGCGGCAGCAGUCAUAGCGAUGGCCUAUGACAUUGCCAACCGUGAGGACCGAUCGCCGAGCGAUGUCAACGCCGAAAGGAAGGUCACAGCGGCAGAGGCCUUUGAGCUGGCCAACGAGCUGGAACUGGAGUGGUUGGAGGUCUGCUGCACCGAGCCACAAUCGCUGUGCGAGUUGCUGGAUCGGAUAGGCCAGAUGGCACUGGCGACCGACAGGCCGUUCACGCGAGUGGGCGACCUCGGGUGCCAUCUUCCCACGCUGCGCACCCUGUCCACCCUCUUCCCCCCGGAUGCCCACCGCCAAUCACUGCCGACAACUGCCAAGCGCCCAACAAAACGACAAAACGAGAGCUGCCUCGUCCAAUAG